AUGGCCGCUGUUGCUCAGAACUCUGCCAAUACCAUCGCUCUGAACGGACCGAGCGGUGCUGCCGAUGGCUUCCCAACCGACGGCACUGGCGUUGUCAAGCUUGACCCAUGGCUGUCGCCUUUUCAGGAAUCCUUGAAGAGGCGCUACUCCCGCGCUCAGGACUGGAUCAAGAAAAUCAAUGACACUGAAGGUGGGCUCGAGAAGUUCUCCAAGAUCUCCUUGCAACUCCCCAGUGGCGAGCGUGUCGACCGACUCCCUGCGUGGAUCAAAUACGUGACGCAAGAUCUGUCCGUAUCUCCAGCUUAUGAUGCUCGUUUCUGGAAUCCUCCUCCGGGAGAAAAGUACGAGUUCAAGUACCCGAGGCCACAAAAGCCUCGCAGCGCACGCGUAUAUGAGGCUCAUGUGGGAAUCUCAUCACCCGAGUUGCGCGUUGCAACUUACAAGGAGUUCACCCAAAACAUGCUGCCCAGAAUCAGAGAUCUCGGAUACAACGUUAUCCAGCUCAUGGCAGUUAUGGAGCAUGCCUACUAUGCCAGCUUUGGGUACCAGAUCAACAACUUCUUCGCCGCUAGCAGUCGUUACGGACCACCGGAAGACCUCAAGGAAUUGGUCGACGUGGCUCACAGCAUGGGAAUCACUGUGCUUCUCGACGUUGUUCACAGCCAUGCCUCCAAGAACGUUUUGGAUGGACUCAACGAAUUCGACGGCACAGACCACCAAUACUUCCACGAGGGAGGACGUGGCCGCCACGAGCUGUGGGACAGCAGGCUGUUCAAUUACGGUCAUCACGAAGUCAUGAGAUUCUUGCUCAGCAACCUGCGGUUCUGGAUGGAUGAGUACCACUUCGAUGGUUUCCGUUUCGACGGUGUGACGAGCAUGCUCUACCAGCACCACGGUAUCGGAACCGGAUUUUCUGGUGGUUACCACGAGUACUUCGGGCCAGAUGCUGAUGAGGAGGCGAUUGCUUACCUCAUGGUCGCGAACGAACUGCUGCACUCAUUGUAUCCGGAAGUUAUUACCAUCGCUGAGGAUGUUUCGGGUAUGCCGGCUCUUUGCCUGCCGCUCUCCCUCGGUGGUGUUGGUUUCGAUUACCGACUCGCCAUGGCUGUCCCGGAUAUGUGGAUCAAGAUCCUCAAGGAGACGAAGGACGAGAACUGGGACAUUGGCAACAUCUGCUUCACUCUGACGAACCGGAGACAUGGAGAGAAGACGAUUGCUUAUGCUGAAAGUCACGACCAGGCGCUUGUGGGUGACAAAACCCUCAUGUUCCAUCUUUGCGAUGCCGAGAUGUACACGAACAUGUCAACUUUGACUCCCUUGACGCCGGUUAUUGACCGCGGCAUGGCCCUCCACAAGAUGAUUCGUCUGUUGACCCACGGACUCGGCGGCGAAGGCUACCUGAACUUUGAGGGCAAUGAAUUUGGCCAUCCUGAAUGGCUUGACUUCCCGCGCGAGGGCAACCAGAACUCGUUCUGGUAUGCUAGACGCCAGCUGAACCUCACUGAUGAUCAUUUGCUUCGAUACCAAUUUUUGAACAACUUUGAUCGCGCAAUGAACACCACCGAGGGCAAGUACGGCUGGUUGGCCGCGCCUCAGGCGUACAUCUCUCUCAAGAACGAGAACGACAAGGUCAUUGUUUUUGAGAGGGCUGGUGUAGUCUUCAUAUUCAACUUCCACCCCACUGAGAGCUUCGCCGACUACAGAAUCGGCAUUGAUGUGCCCGGCUCUUACAAGGUUAUCCUCAACACUGACUCCAAAGACUUUGGAGGUCACGCGCGGGUGGAUGAGGGAACUCGAUUCUUCACCACUGCCAUGGAGUGGAACAACCGCAAGAACUGGACUCACGUCUACAUUCCCAGCAGAUCUGCUUUGGUGCUUGGCUUGGAGUCACCCAUUUCCCAACACUCUUAA